GAGAGAGAGAGAGAGAGAGAGAGAGAUUCAGAUAGAAUGUUCUUCGGUAGGCAUACUUAUCCUAAUAUCUUUGCCAUUGGAUCGCGAAUAUAAGGAAUGACACGCGCACAGAUACACACGCGAUGGCACGCGAAAUCGCAAACGUAAGCACAGCCGGGCAGGGAGACGGGGCGGCAUACUUAAGAUCGCCUUCGUGUCGAAACGGUGAGAGACGGAAGCUUUUGAAAGAAUAGAGAAGAAGAGCGGCAGGAUAAGGAACCUGGCGGCUGGGAGGGAAGUUAUGUGCGCAAUUUAACGGGGAUUACGACCUUAGCCACUUAAGAAGUCGCGGUAGUAAUCGGCGGUCUUCGAGCGGGCCCCCUCAAGAGCGGGCCCGGAGCGGGCCCCGCGCGCCUCGGACGGGCCUCUUGAGCGGGUCUUAAUCGAACCACGGGCCUCGACGAGCUAGGCUCGACGAGCUGGCCUAGCGCACCUGAUCCGCGCACGUUCCAACGUGAGUCAGUCCCGACGUAGAACGCGAACGACUAAGGCUAAUCCUGAGACCAGAAUCGGCUGUGGCUCGCGUCGCGGAUCCUCUCCAUCUCCGGCCCGGCCCACAACUCCAUCAUCGGAGCAUCGAGAAGAAAGCAGCGACCGGAAAUGAUGGGAAAGCCACUGCACCUGAUCGUAAUACUGCAGCUAUCGUCCGCGUUCGCUUAUAGGUACGAUCCUUGGUAUCGCGCGGACACGCAGCGUCCGGUUGACGUUAUUACCGAUGUCAUCAACGAGCUCGGGGUGAGGAUCCUUCAGCAAUAUUCGACACGGGGAAACGUCGCGUUCUCGCCCACGGGGGUUGCCUUCGUAUUGGCGGCGCUCUAUGAAGGAUCCGCGGGUAGAGGAAGCCAGCAAAUUGCCCAGGCUUUAGGUCUACCAGCCAAUCGGGAUGUCACCAGGAUCGGCUUCAGGGAUAUUCACCGACGAUUACGAAGCUACCUUAAUGCCGAUGGCUUUCUGGGCGGGCUGACGCUGAGCAGAGAGAACACCAGACUCCGUCCCGAGUACGAGGACAUUCUGAGAUUUUACGGCUUCGAUCUGUCGAGUAUCGAGCAAGAAGCGAAUGUUACCGUUAGCACGGGAGACUCAUCCGGUACAACCAAACUUCCGACGUCCACAGUCGGCGUAACCACGCUCCCGACAGAGACGACAAACACCGGGAGCGUACCGGACAUGACGACGACGACGACGAUGAUGUCAACCGAUGUUGGCACGACGCUACCUCCGAGUGGUGCGGAGACGAUGAUUCCAUCCACCGUAACGGACGCGUCUACUCAGCAACCUCUCACGAUGGUACCAACGGGUGCGACCGAUGUACCGUCGACGUUGGCUCCGGUCACCGGCGACGGGGCAGCCGUUCAAAACGCGUCGCCGACGCAAUCGGCAAAUUCCACAACGGCGGUCACUUCCGGCGAAAGUGUCCAGUCGACUACGUCCGCUGGCGCGGAAAGUGUCGCGGGUUCCCCGAAUACGAUUACACCGGCGGUGAACGCGGACAGCCAAACGACCCCGACUACGGUCGCCGGCGCGGGCGAUCAGAGUCCGCAAACUUCCCCGACCGUCGCCGCCGAUGGUGUCGGAACGGGUGAAAUUGUGACGAGUACCAUCGUGCCCGACGCGACGGCCGCGGAUGUGACAGCCGCAGCUGCGACCGAUGCCGCCGGCGGGAUGGUGUCGACGAGUACCCAGGCUCAAGUAUCCUCGACUGUCGCCACGAGUACCGAGGCGCCAAUGACGACGAAUACGCCGAGCUCGGCGGCCAUGAUCAUCGCGAAUACCGAUUCAUUAGCGGCCGCGAUAGACGUCAACGUGACGCCCGCCAACGUGACGUCUCCUUCCGAGGCGAUUUUAAAUACCGUUACCACGAAUUCGUUAACCACUGUGGCAAUCGCAAAUGUCGCGAACGUGACUAUCCCGAGUCCCGUUACCGAAACGACGGCGGACAGCGUGGUUUCGCAACCGAGUACGUUGGCAGAUACUCCGGCUACGACGGAUAUCCCGGGAUCGACGGCUACAAAUAAUCUCGCGAUGACAACGAUGACCAAUAUUGACGGCGCCGCCGCGGUUUUUCCGCGGCACCCUGUCUCGGUAACAAACACCACGAGCGAUCUCGUCGAAAACAAUCUCACGAUCGCAAAUACUACGAGUCCCGUGGAUAAUCAGACGACCGCGUCUCUCGUGGACGAAAACACUAUUUCGAUGAAUCGAAAGAAAAAGGAUCUGACAGAUGUACGAAUUAACGACAAUACCGUUAAGCAGGAGUCAACGAACGAAUCUCUGAAUGUUCGUAAACGCAAAGCGAGAAGUCCGCGCGGAUAUUUUUCUAGCUAUCCUGAUGAAGGUAUCUGGAUGCAAGAUUUAGAGAUUUGGAAAUCGUAUAACACAGUAAAUCCAGGUGAUUCCUCCGCUGGAGAUUCCUCAGCGGAAAUAUCGUUUUUGGUGAAUGGUUGCGACGUUUCCUCGGUAUCGGCUUCGAGAUACAUCGCCGUGUUGCCUUUCGCGUAUUUCCCAUCGUUACAAGCCGUCGCACUUGAGUUUCCUUUGGACGAUCCCCGAUACAACAUUAUACUUUUCAUGCCCACGGAUAAAACGGAUACGCAUCGUCUAGCGAGGGAUCUCAGCGGAAAGUCAUUGAGAUUGUUGAGGAAGCGAUUACAGCCUACUUGGGUCAGGGCCACUAUACCUUCGUUCAUGCUGCGUGGUUUCGUCACACUGACGUCAUUUCUACAAAGGUUGGGUAUCCUGGACGUAUUCGAGCCGAGAGUGGCCGAUUUGUCGCCCAUGACAUCCGAUCUCAGCGUAUACGCGAAGCUUCAAGCAAAACUAUCGAUUACCAUUGGAAAUAUUCUCAGCAAUGGUCUGUUUGAGAGAGCUGGACCUGAACCUUUUACAGCUGUGCAUCCUUUUCUUUAUUUCAUCAUCGAUACCGAGACCUCAGUGAGUCUAAUCGCCGGUCGAGUGGACGAUCCACUUAAUUCAAGAAUAUUGUAGGAAGAUGAUCGAGAUUGAUAAAGUUUAAAUAAACACUCGUUUAUUUGACAAUACUUAUAAAUAAUUCCAUAAUGUGGACUUCUCCUAUUAGCUCGCACGCAAUUAUUAUCAAGUACACGCAAUUAAUAUUGUGCUCUGUACAAAUUCCUAUUUGUAAAUAAAGAAAUAUAAAGGAU